AAAAAACGAAAGUGAAAGUCAAAAAGGUGGAAAAGCACAGAGACGCGACGUGACUGAGCAUUCUGAAAGAGUGUGUCUAAACUUGACUGGAGAUGCUUCACAGCUUGAAUCCCAGCAGCCUGCCAAACAGAGGCUUUUCUUUCGAAAACAGCCGCAGGAAUGCUGUGUUGGAGUCUGAUCUGUCAGAAAUGGGCUACAAAUCCCCGAAAGCCGUCAAGACAGGAACCACCAUCGCUGCCAUCGUGUUCAAGGACGGGGUGAUCCUGGGGGCAGACACGAGAGCCACGGACGACAUGGUGGUGGCUCAGAAGAACUGCAUGAAGAUUCACUACAUCGCUCCGAAGAUCUACUGCUGCGGCGCUGGCGUGGCCGCUGAUGCGGAGAUCACCACGCAGAUCUUGUCGUCCAACGUGGAGCUCCACACGCUCAACACCGGGCGGCCUCCCCUCAUCGCCAUGGUAACCAGGCAGCUGAAGCAGAUGCUGUUCAGGUACCAGGGUCACGUCGGCGCCUCUCUGAUUGUCGGCGGAGUGGAUGUGACCGGGGCUCACCUGUACAGCGUCUACCCGCACGGCUCCUACGACAAGCUGCCGUUCCUCACCAUGGGCUCUGGAGCUGCUGCGGCUGCCUCGGUGUUUGAAGACAGAUUCAAGCCCAACAUGGAGCUGGAGGAGGGGAAGCAGCUGGUGCGAGACGCCAUCGCUGCAGGGAUUUUCUGCGACCUGGGUUCGGGCAGCAACGUGGACCUGUGCGUCAUCACCGAGGCCGGCGUGGAGAUGCUCCGAUCCUUCGACCAAGUGGGAGUGAAGGGGGAGAAAGGGGGGCAGUACAGGUAUAAACCCGGGACCACGGGCGUCCUCAGCCACACGGUGACGCCUCUCACCCUGGAAGUGGUCGACCAGUCCGUUCAGAUGAUGGACACCGAGUGAAGGCCGAUCGGAGUGUAUUCAGCAGUGGAGACGGCGACUGGUGAAUCUGCUCCUUAAUAAACAUGGAGUGUU